AUGUCAAGCGGAGAAGCUUCGUCUUCUGGAUUGAGUUUGGAAGGGCUCGACGAUGUUGAAGAAUUUCCCUGGGUGAAUGACGGAGAAGGGUCGUCGAUGUCGUGGGAACGAUUUAGUGAUGUUUAUGAUCUCAUGCAGAUGGGGAACAAAGCUUUCCGAGCGAAUCGAUUCGAUGAGGCAAUCAACUGCUACUCGAGGGCUCAUAAUAUUAAACGAGGCGAUCCUAUCAUUCUCAGCAAUCGAUGUGCUACUUAUCUCAGGAGUAGUCAGUUUCUGAAACAGAGACCUCCAUCAGCUUCUGAAUAUAGACCGUUGAGUGGCCUUGAUCCAACAAUACAUGCUGGACUUGCUUUAAAGGAUGCUGAGAAGGUCAUGAGCAUUCGAAUUAAUUCAAUAACUUCCUACAUUUUGAAGGCUCAUGCUCUCAUCUUGGUGAGAUCUCUUACUGAAGUUCUUGAUAGCCACAAUUAUAAUCGUCAAUUCUCUGCAAUCACUCGCUCUAUCUUGAAAAUGUCAAGCGGAGAAGCUUCGUCUUCUGGAUUGAGUUUGGAAGGGCUCGACGAUGUUGAAGAAUUUCCCUGGGUGAAUGACGGAGAAGGGUCGUCGAUGUCGUGGGAACGAUUUAGUGAUGUUUAUGAUCUCAUGCAGAUGGGGAACAAAGCUUUCCGAGCGAAUCGAUUCGAUGAGGUAAAACCCUUCUUAACGCAGUUACUCUUGUGA